AAGUUCCAGAACGCUGCGCAACCAUGUCUAAGGGACCUGCAGUUGGCAUUGAUCUUGGCACCACCUAUUCUUGUGUGGGUGUCUUCCAGCACGGAAAGGUGGAAAUAAUUGCCAAUGAUCAGGGGAACCGAACUACCCCAAGCUAUGUCGCCUUUACUGAUACCGAACGAUUGAUCGGUGAUGCUGCAAAGAACCAAGUUGCAAUGAAUCCCACCAACACAGUUUUUGAUGCCAAACGCCUCAUUGGACGAAGAUUUGAUGAUGCUGUUGUCCAGUCUGAUAUGAAGCAUUGGCCCUUCAUGGUGGUGAAUGACGCAGGCAGGCCUAAGGUUCAAGUAGAAUACAAGGGAGAGACAAAAAGUUUUUAUCCAGAGGAGGUGUCAUCCAUGGUUUUGACAAAGAUGAAGGAAAUAGCAGAAGCCUACCUCGGGAAGACUGUUACCAAUGCUGUUGUCACAGUACCCGCUUACUUUAAUGAUUCUCAGCGUCAGGCUACCAAAGAUGCUGGAACUAUUGCUGGGCUCAAUGUACUUAGAAUUAUCAAUGAGCCAACUGCUGCUGCUAUUGCCUAUGGCUUAGACAAAAAGGUUGGAGCAGAAAGAAACGUGCUGAUCUUUGAUUUAGGUGGUGGCACUUUUGAUGUGUCAAUCCUCACUAUUGAGGAUGGAAUCUUUGAGGUCAAAUCUACAGCUGGAGAUACCCACUUAGGUGGAGAAGACUUCGACAACCGGAUGGUCAACCAUUUCAUCGCAGAGUUCAAGCGCAAGCACAAGAAGGACAUCAGUGAGAACAAGAGGGCCGUCCGUCGCCUUCGCACCGCCUGUGAGCGUGCUAAGCGCACUCUCUCCUCCAGCACCCAGGCCAGUAUUGAGAUUGACUCCCUCUAUGAAGGAAUCGACUUCUAUACCUCAAUUACCCGUGCCCGAUUUGAGGAACUGAAUGCUGAUCUGUUCCGUGGCACACUGGACCCUGUGGAGAAAGCCCUUCGGGACGCCAAGCUAGACAAGUCUCAGAUCCAUGACAUCGUCCUGGUGGGUGGUUCAACCCGCAUCCCCAAGAUCCAGAAACUUCUACAGGACUUCUUCAACGGGAAAGAACUGAACAAGAGCAUCAACCCUGAUGAGGCUGUUGCUUAUGGUGCAGCUGUCCAGGCAGCCAUUUUAUCUGGAGACAAAUCUGAAAAUGUUCAAGACUUGCUGCUGUUGGAUGUCACUCCUCUUUCCCUUGGAAUUGAAACUGCUGGUGGAGUCAUGACUGUCCUUAUCAAGCGCAACACCACCAUUCCCACCAAGCAGACGCAGACCUUCACAACCUACUCGGACAACCAGCCCGGUGUACUCAUUCAGGUUUAUGAAGGUGAGCGAGCCAUGACCAAGGAUAACAACCUGCUUGGCAAGUUUGAACUCACAGGCAUACCCCCUGCCCCCCGUGGCGUUCCUCAGAUUGAAGUCACUUUUGAUAUUGAUGCCAAUGGCAUUCUCAAUGUCUCUGCUGUGGAUAAGAGCACAGGAAAAGAGAACAAGAUUACCAUCACUAACGACAAGGGCCGUUUGAGCAAGGAAGACAUUGAACGCAUGGUUCAGGAAGCAGAGAAGUACAAAGCUGAAGAUGAGAAGCAGCGGGAUAAGGUGUCUUCGAAGAAUUCUCUUGAAUCCUAUGCUUUCAACAUGAAAGCUACUGUGGAGGAUGAGAAACUCCAAGGCAAGAUUAAUGACGAGGACAAACAGAAGAUUCUUGAUAAGUGUAAUGAAAUAAUCAACUGGCUUGAUAAGAACCAGACUGCAGAGAAGGAAGAAUUUGAACAUCAGCAGAAGGAGCUGGAAAAAGUCUGCAACCCCAUCAUUACCAAGCUGUACCAGAGCGCUGGGGGCGUGCCCGGGGGCGUGCCUGGGGGUGUGCCCGGGGGCUUCCCUGCUGGUGGAGCACCUCCAUCUGGUGGUGCCUCCUCUGGGCCCACCAUUGAAGAGGUUGAUUAAGCCAGCCUAGCGUGUAGGGUUAGCAUUGUUCCACACAACAUCGAAGGACCCAAAUUUGUAGCAAAUUCCAUAUGGCAGUUUUAAAGUUGAGCUGCUGUAGUAAACUGGGCAUUCUUGAUACUUGAACAUGGAAUGUGUGCACAGGGAAAGGAAAUGGAAAUAACAUUGCACUUUACAAGCACUGUAUUGUAAGUGGAAAAUGCAAUGUCUUGAAUAAAACUGUAUUUAAAAUUGGCACCAUAAAA